CCUGUUACUUGGUAAAUACAUUUCUUCGAUACGUUAAAUAAGCUCUGAUACUUGCUGGUCGAGAUUCCACAACACUCUCAUGCCACGGAAACACGAAAGAAGCGGGAUCGCAGCGCUUUGAAGGGCGAGAGUGGAGAAAAAUCUGAGAGAAUCCCAUAAAUCAAUAGUUUACUGCUUCAUCGGCCUCCAUCCGAGAUAUUCUACUGCUUGAAAGGAACCCGCAGUUGAGUCAGGGCUAGCCAACAGCGCGACCCUUGACUUAGUUGAACUAGCAUCAUCUCAUCUCUAAAAAUUACCGACCUAGAAAACUAAGGCACAGACACACAUAUCUAUCGCUGGACCAACGGUCACCGCUGGUAUUUAUUUAUUUAUUUUUUGGUUUCUAUACGCUACGAGCUGGUCUGAGAUUGACGUACCUCACUCAUAGCGGUGUUUCGCGAUGCGAUUCUAAUCUGGAGUGCGGCAAUGUUUUGGCGACGUUGGCGCAGUCAUCUCUUUGAUAUAGAGACCCCAUAGCUUUUCAUUCUGACGCCUUAUCUGGUCAAACUUUCAGGGAAAUAUGAUUUAGCAAUAUCCAAACUACGUGCACAAAAGUUUCCGACUCUUUUUUCCCGGUAGGCAUGGCCCAGACUAUUCCACAACGUUGUGGCGAAAGCCAUGAUUGUACGCACGAGGACCACAGGAUGUUCCCCACGUCAUCUCCGAUGCGUCGCGCAUCUUCGCCAACUGCCUAUAACUUUCAUCUGGAACGGUCUGAUGGCUCCGCUACAUUGUCGAGCAGAGUAUCGAGAGACCAACCCAGCGUCAAAUUUUUCGACUUCGUUGAACAAUCUCAGUUAGCCCUCCAAUCCCUACGGUUAAGCUUCGAGCGUGAACGAGCAGCGUUCGCAGAAGAGCGGAAGCUGUGGGAGAAGGAAAGAUCUAUUAUGAGACACAGGAUUGCGGAGUUGGAACAAGGACAAAGAAGAACUGCUAGAGUCGAGAGGACACGGAUGGCCUCCCAUCCCCACCGAAGCGAGCGGGCACAUGAUGUUCAUCAUGUAUGGGAAGGAUCAAGUCCGACUAUGCAACCCACAAGAGUAUUCUGGGAUGAAAAUGAAGAGCAGAGCCCCCAAGGCUUGAGGCACCCUAGCGGCCACAACCAUGGAGUUGGAUUACCCCCCUCGCUCGACGAGGCCCUGUCUCCUAGAGCCCGACCGGUCGAUCGACAGAGCACAGUCGGAGUCCCCAUUGAAUUAGUUGAUAGCAGCUUAGAUGGGAUUACUCUAAAAUCUACCGCACUAGGCCCAGAUAUCCUCGCGAAGGCCUCUUCGGCCUCUCCCUCAGAAGUCAUAUCACCAUCUCCAGACCAAACCAUGGACUCCAAAUUGGUAGAAACCAAGAAACCAGUGCCAAUCGCGCGAUCGGAAUUAGGACCACCACAAGAGAACCUCGUGAGAGAUGCAGGGCAUACUCCAAUGACAGUCAUCGAUCCGGGUGUGGCAACGAGCAAUAUAUCCACUGAAGUUGGUACAUUGACGACGGAAUCUCCCCUCGCGCCGCGACAAACCCUUGAGCCAGGGGAGACCUACUCUCCUGAGGUCGACGAAGACCCGGCCCUCCAAGGGCCAUUAGGGCUGAAAAAUGACAAGAAACAGGACAUCGAGUUUCUCGAGGCCCUGGACCAGAAAUUAUUGAAUGAAGCGAGAAGGCUAGCUGGACCGGGCCCUACCUCCCAUUCUGACGAGCUUGAAAACAAUCUAUCCGAUGAUGAACAACCGCUGUCAGAACCCGAACCAGAAACCGGCAUCAAAUUCAAACACAGCACUAAUUUUGGUUCUGCAUUUGGGACCUUAUAAUAAUCUAUAUCCUAUCAUUUAUUUUAACCUUCAUAUUUACUUUUAACAAGUGGGGAAAAAGGAACCUGUGUUACAUAUAUCAAGCAAUAUAUCCACUCAUGAACAUUAUGGGGUUUGGAUGCCCCUUUUUUGGUAUUAAAUAUUUGGACUACGAUGUUGAUGGGCCAUCUCAAUAUAUACUUCUUAAUUACCAUCUCAACCUCUUCCCUAUUCUUUCCUGGUGGCCUUAACUGUUUUGUUUUGGAGUCGGAUCUUUCUCUCGAAUAAUCUCAAUCUCACCCUUUCUUCUUACCUCAUACCUGACUCCAACUCAGUUGUCGUAGCGAUGGAACAUACUACGCAGUACUCCAUGCUUUUAUACAUAUUUCAUAAGGACUACUCAGAUGGUCAGCUAUUGCAGUUCCUGGCAGUCCUCACUCCUGUUACCCUUCCUGUGGUGUAUACAAAAGCAUCAACGGUGGGUUAACGGGGAACAGAAAACGAACGAAUGCGCGUAGUUGCAAAAGGCCAUGCCUAGAAGUCUUCCACAUUAUUUAUCUAGCACAUGCAAUAUAGAGAGUAUAUUUAUAUACGGACACCCACGUUUAAUCAACAUAGCAUCAUCCUAAAUCAAUACAUUUAUACACAGCUGCGUGAAUUCUUCCUAGUGGGUCAUUUUCUGUCUUGCGAGCCCGGGGUGAAAGUAAUGUCCGUCAAAUUCCCUUUUCUUGCCGCUACCCCUACCCACAGUUGCUUCAAUGCGUCAGUUCAUGUAGAGAGCAUGAAUAGUCCACUUGGAAAUCCAGGAGCUCUGUAGAGAUAAGUCCACGGGCUAGCAUACGAAAUUCCAUCCAUGGCCUUGUGCAGCUAUGUACAUGUACAUCUACGGAGCUAAAUGGCAUGAUUCUGCCCCAAUACGAACCAUGUGGCUAGGAAAGGAGAGAAAAAAUGAGAGAUACGGGGAAAUGUCUAGAUAAAUUCAAAUGUAUUCUUGUGGUAUUAUUUGUAAGAUUUCGUUGUUUUCUUGCCAACGGAAUAGAUCGCGCCGAACUCCUCCAGUCUCUCCAAAGUAAAAGGGGAUCGUGUACAUAAACUUAAGAGCAUCAUCAGAAAAUUGAAGGAGAAAAGCACAUGGGGAGAUAUUAUCAUAAAUAAAUCAAGAAAGAUGAAAUGCAAAAUGAAAAAAAGUGCCCGUCGAACUCAAGCCAAAGCAGCGAUUCCCCGCGAAAGGCAAGAAAGAGGAAAGUUGACGUCAGAUGUGGAAUGAAACCAAAACUGCAUUGGCCAUCCUGGGUUGGACGAAGCUCCUAUGCCGCGAGCAGACAAACCCAUCAAUUCAACCAUCAAUUCAUUCAUUCAUUCAUUCCUCCGUCAUGGCACAAGAGUGAACAGAUCCACGCGCUGCUCUUCAUACUCCUCACCACCCUCAUGCUGCAACACUUCCCACUCAUCUCCCGCAUUACCACCCGCAGCCCCCGCCGCUUGCUGCAGCGGCUGCUGCUGUUCAGGUGAAAUCGUCAGACGGGCCGUAUCAUCAACCAGACCCUCCAGCCCACUCUCAACUUUCGAAGGCACAUUUCGCCUCGCGUCUUCUACAGAGGUAGCAUUUUUCAGCUUCUGGCGGCGGAGUUUUAGAGCCGCGUCGGCGCGGUCGAG